GGGACUUUCCCUGAAUCCGUGAUUGAGGCUCCGCUGCUGCGUGGGAAAGAAGUUCAUAGAAAUUUGUGAGAUCACCAGUACAAGACAUUAUUUAUUUGUGUGCAACAGAUUAUACUGCUUCAGUGUUUAAUUUUUGGUUUAAAACAUUUUCAACUCGCUGUAACGAUGAAGAGACCAUGUGAGGACACUACUUCAGACAGUGACAUGGACGAAAACAUAGAUGUGGGGAGUGAAAAUAACUAUUCAGGGCAAAGCAGUAGCUCUCUCAUCAGAUCUAACUCCCCCACAACAACAUCCCAAGUUAUGGCGAGAAAGAAAAGGAGAGGGAUUAUUGAGAAGAGAAGGAGAGAUCGUAUCAAUAACAGUUUAUCGGAAUUACGUCGAUUGGUUCCCACAGCUUUUGAAAAACAGGGUGUUUUUAAUUUUGUAUCUCCAGGGAUCUGCCAAAUUAGAGAAAGCAGAAAUAUUGCAAAUGACGGUAGAUCAUCUAAAGAUGCUCCAGGCAACCGGAGGUAAAGGCUUUUUUGAUGCUCAUUCUCUGGCUAUGGACUUCAUGAGCAUUGGUUUUAGAGAAUGCCUAACAGAAGUCGCCAGGUACCUUAGUUCUGUUGAAGGGCUGGACACAACUGAUCCCCUGAGGGUUCGUCUGGUUUCCCAUCUCAGCACUUGUGCCUCCCAGCGGGAAGCAGCCACAAUGACUUCAUCCCUUGGGCAUCACCACCACCCUCUGCACCCUCAUCACUGGACAGCUGCUUUUCAUCACCUUCCGACGUCACUCUUUCAGCAAAACGGACUUCCUUCCUCGGAUAGCGCCAGUAGCAGGAUCUCAGAAGUUCCACCACAUGGUUCUGCUCUUCUUACAGCUACUUUCGCUCACUCUGACUCGGCCCUCAGAGCCCCGUUAGCUGGGAGUGUCGCUCCCUGCGUCCCACCGCUGUCUACCUCCCUUCUUUCUCUCUCAGCCACCGUUCACGCGGCUGCUGCAGCUGCAGCCUCUGCUUUCCCCCUUUCGUUCUCGGGGGCAUUUCCAAUGCUCACACCCAGCGCUGCGGCAGCGUCAGUAGCUGCUGCUGCCGUCAGCCCGUCAGCGUCAGUCUCAUCCACUUCAGGCUCUCAACAAAGUAGCAAUGGCGGCAGCAAUAAGCCUUAUCGACCAUGGGGGACUGAAGUUGGGGCGUUUUAAUGUCGGUGCCUAAAUUGAACUUUUCAAGUCAGAUAUUCGUUUUUGAGAUCUUCUAUCCCGACCUGUUGAUUUUGCAACAAGUGUUUUUAAGGUCAUUUUCCUUCUAAUUUCAAAAGUUCCACAAAUACAUUUUUUCACUUUAUUAUUUUUUCAAGUAAUGUAACCAACCUCUGUGUGCUCAUUACUUUACAUGGGAGAAUGUUUACAUGCAUUAUACAAACUGGACAAACUGUAUAUUGCUAAUACUAACAAUGUUAUUAGCAAGUGGAUUAAAAACAUAUAUUUUUUUAAACACCAGCAACAAAAAAGAAACAACACAGAAAGAGCCUUUGUCCAUCUUAAACUUCUUGCAAGAGCGACCUUUUUGUCUGAAGAUACACUUUGUUGUAUAAUCUGGACUGGACAAGUGCACAUGAUAUUUGGCAGCAACAGCACUGAAUCAGCAUUGAGGGCUGGAUUACUGUCACCACACUUUUUAAACACUUGAAAGAGAAGGCUAUACAGUGAAAAUGGUGUUCCACAUGCAGUCGUUCAAAAAAAAGUUAAAUGGACAGAAAUAAAAUUAUAAGCAACUAGUGUCUCACCCAUCUGGACUCUUGUUGUACAGUUCCCCAGGUUUGGCAUUUCACGUACAAGAAUUUAUCAGUCCAUGUGUUAGACCCCCUAAAAAAAAUCACAAAAAGGUACAAAAAUAUAUUUGAUCAUACUUGUGCUUUUAAAUAGUCGGCGAAGGUUGGAGUUUGACACUAAACCAAAAAGUUUUUUUUUUUUUUUUUAAGAUAAUCAUUUAGCAAGAUUCGGAUAAAUAGUUCUAAGUGCUUCAACUCCUGAACUAAAAAUAUGUAAAUAUGUAAAUAUGUGGGAACAGAAGCUAGAAAUUAUAUUAAAUAUAGAUACUUGCUUUUAUUAUGAUGCACUGUAUUUCUCUGCUGUGUGGAGAAAACAUUGAAAACUUUUUAUUAGAAUGUAAAUUAAACAUGAAAAAAUGA